UACUAACCCUAUCGAUAACAUCUCUUUACUCACUGUCUCUACAACUGCACCGUUUAAUAAUCAGACCACUAUACGAGACGAGACGACUACUAUUGUAGGACUCGAUGGCAAUUCGUCUAAUGACGAACUGUUUAUCAGUUCCACUGUUUCCGACGGCUUGGUUCAAGCCACGACUCUAUCACCAGACCAAUCGACUACCUCCUCUCAAUUAACACUGUCGACUGGAACGACCAGCUCACCUGUACAACUGUCAACUGUAGACACUAGUCAAAAUACUGUACAGUUGAUGACCACUCCGCAAGAAUUAUUGGCAUUGACGUCAGUUGUUGUGGAUGAUAGUCAGAGUACGUUGAAUGCCAUACUUUCCACGACGAGGCCAACCGACCAAACGCUUUCUAGUCAAACCGAAACGGUUGCACUUGCUGGGGAUUCGUUGGUAUUCCAGUCGACUACGUUGAACGUUAACGGUGAGGUACACGAUACAGUGACGGAUGCAUCUUUCAGCACAGCCAAUUCGAUAGAGGAUGUUGCAACAAUUACGUCUAAUCAAGAAGAGGAGGAGUCUGGUGUUACUAGUGUCGAUUCUGUUUCUAACGUCUUCGCUACUUCAACGGCUUCUACUAAUUCGGUCAGUACAGUAGACGGCCAAGAAACAGCUGCUUCUGUGCAAGAAGAUUUGAUUUUUGAGACACAAGCUCAGCUGUCUAUGAGCACAACCAGUGAAACUGAGACUCCAGAGAUUACGACCAUCGGUAAAGAUUCGACAAUGUUUUCGAGUUCCACGCCGCCCAGUAGUCAAACCACGAUUGGUGGAUUAACUGAUCCAGAACAGAUUUCGACUGAGCAAGGAACAACGUCAACACAGAGCCAGUUAAGCACUUUUGCUCAUGAAACGACAAACGAAAGUGACAGGACGACUGUUGCUUCCGAUACGACCAUUCGCCCUUUAGAUGAAACUACGCAGUUCCAGCAAGGCUCAUCUACAACGAAUCCAGCGACUGUGGAAGUGACAACCGAGAAACCCACCAAUCCAACAGAUUCGGUAGAAACUGGUUCUACCACAACGGCUGAUGACAAUAGCCAGACUCAAACGGCAUUUGCUUCCGAGACGUCUUUUACGUCUAGCCCAGUUACGACGACGAUGCCGGUUGAAGUGACAAACACCCAGGAAGAUGUCUUCACGACAGAUGUGGAAACCACGUCAAGUACUUCAACAACAACUGAGGACUCUUUCGCAAACCAACCGACCACCGUGACCAUUCCAGAGAGUAUACUGUCGACGACAACGAAGGAGCAGGUCACGGAGUCCGUCACCCAGUCGGAAGCUAUUGGUACUUCCACUUCUGUUGCAGACGAGGAAAAGACCACCACCUUUUCGAGUAUCUUUUCGUCAAUUCUGAGUACAUUUACUACCGAUUGGACAACGACAACACCUGACCAGGUAACUGAGGCAGCAACAGUUGUAAACGCAGAAGAGGCUUCAACUACAACGCAAGCUCAAAACGGAGAAUCUGAUGUCACGACAUUGAACACUGCCACCUCAAGCAGUGCGCAGCAAGAAUCUUCUACGAUUACCAGUGAUUCGAACACCGAAACAAGUGUCGGAAUUGAUACUACGACUUUGAGUGGCCUUAGUUCUUCUACUAUUCCAACAACUACUCUGAAUGCCGUCAGUAUUGCAGACGAGGAAACAACAACCUUUGCUGAUGGAGAUUUAAAUCCUAUAACAGAAUCCCAGUCCUUCAGUAGCACGCCGAUUGCCUUUGAAUCUGUUACUUCAGGAAGCCCUACCACCGAUGGCGAAUCGACGACCUUUUCCAGCGCCAGUAGCCCUACCACAAUUGAUGGGACAUCUACUCAGGGAACAACUGAUACAGUUACGCAUUUGUCGAGCGAGCAAGAAUCCACACCGCCUGGAAGUCAGUCUAGCGCUUUCCAGGAAGAAAUAACGACUGUGUUUACAGAAGUUACGCUAGCAGACCAAAUUACGACACAAAAGCCGACUCAGACAGAGUUGCCGGAAAUAACCACUGAGAAACUAAUCCCAGAAACGACUUUUACAACAAUAACAGCGAGUGGUCUUCCAGUCACUGAAGGGAGCGUUAUUUUAAAUCAGAACACGACAGAAUCCUCCUUGCUCGUAACAAAUCCGACAAUUUGUGCCUGAAACAACAAUUUCGCAGCACGGAAAUUCGGCAACUACGCCUGAAACGGAAAUGACGACCCUCCUCCUAUCUGCCACAGAUAGUUUUGCAACAAGUGGGCCUGCGAUCAGUGAUGACGCCGCA